AUGGACAAGAGUUGGAUCGAUUUAACUGAUAGGUCAUCGAAUGAAUAUCUCAAUGGGCUUGAAAGUUUUUUAGAUUUUGCAUUUGACAACAGCAUGGGUGAUACAAGGAUUUAUUGUCCCUGCAAAAAAUGUUACAAUCGUUACUUUGUUACAAGGGAGGUAGCAAGAGCACAUAUAAUAGUUGAUGGGUUUUGGUCAAAGUACAAAAAUUGGACUCAUGGUCAGAGACACCAAUCAUUAUAUGUUGACAAAUAUAUGGGGAAUAGUUCUGCUUCAGUUGUGGAUGAUGAUAUAAUUGGAAUGGUACAUGAGGCAUUUGAGCAUCCAAAUUUGGAUUCUAGUAUGAGGAAUGAUGGCUCAACAGAAAAUGAAUAUGGUGAGGGGCCAAAUGAUGAGACUACAAAUUAUUUCAAAUUGCUACAAGAUGCAGAAUGUCCUUUGUAUCCGGGGUGUAAAAAUUUCACUAAAUUAUCAUUUAUUGUUCGGUUGCUACAUACAAAAGUACUUUGUGGAUGGACCGACAAGUCAGUGACAAUUUUGUUAACUCUUCUGAAAGAAGCUUUCCCCAAUGAAGUACAACUACCAGAUUCAUAUAACGAGGCUCGAAAGAUAACAGAUGACCUAGCUUUCACAUACAAUACAUGGGAUGCAUGUCCCAAUAAUUGUAUGUUAUUUAGAAAUGAGGAUGAGAAACUUGAAUCAUGUGCUAUUUGUCACGAAUCUAGAUAUAAAAAAGUUGAUGGGCAGCCUACAAAUGUUGUGAAUGGGAAUAGAAAAAUACCUGCAAAACAAGUAAGAUACUUUCCAUUGAAGCCAAGAUUGCAAAGACUUUUUAUGUCAUCAAAAACUGCUUCGCAUAUGAGAUGGCAUGCAGAAGAGCGUACUGAUGAUGGUGUGCUAAGACACCCUGCUGACUCACCUGCAUGGAAAGAAUUUGAUGCAAAGAAUCCAGAUUUUUCUAGUGAAGUUCGUAAUGUUAGGCUUGGUUUAUCAUCAGAUGGUUUCAGUCCAUUUAGAACAAUGGGCAUACCUCAUAGUACAUGGCCUGUUAUUCUCAUGCCUUAUAAUUUACCACCAUGGAUGAGCAUGAAGCAACCUUUCUAUAUUUUGUCUGUGCUUAUAGAUGGCCCGAAUGCACCUGGUAAUAAGAUUGAUGUAUAUAUGCAACCAAUGAUUGAUGAGUUAAAGGAAUUAUGGCAUGAAGGUGUAGAUACUUAUGAUGCUUCCAAGAAUCAGAUGUUUAAACUACGUGCUGCAUUACUCUGGACAAUCAGUGACUUUCCAGCAUAUGCGAAUUUGUCGGGUUGGAGCACUAAAGGUGCGAAAGCAUGUCCUUGUUGCAAUAAGGACACUAGAUCUGUUUGGUUGACUAAUGGAAGAAAGUAUUGUUACAUGGGUCACCGACGAUUUUUAUCUACAAGUCAUAGGUUUCGAAAAGAUAGAGUGUCCUUUGAUGGCACACGAGAAUGGGGACAUGCACCAUUGAAACUUUCUGGGUCUGAUGUUAAAAGACAAUUGCAAGGAGUACUGACUGAGUAUAAGAAAGAAGACAUCAGAAAAAGGAAAAGACAUGAAGUUGAGAAGAAUAAUAAUGAAUCCUACUGGAAGAAAAGAAGUAUUUUUUUCGAGUUACCGUAUUGGGACCAUAAUUUGAUUCGUCAUAAUCUCGAUGUCAUGCACAUUGAGAAGAAUUGUUCUGAAAAUAUACUAUGGACAGUGUUGGGUGUUGCUAAAAAAACCAAGGAUAACUUACAAGCUAGACGUGAUUUACAAGAAUGGGGAAUAAGGCAACCAUUGCACCCACAAGAACGUGGUUCUAAUAAGGCAUACUUACCUCCUGCAUGUUUUACUAUGAAUAGGGAAAAUAAAGAUGUGUUCCUAAAAGUAUUGAAGGAAGUAAAGGUACCAGAUGGUUAUUCUUCCAAUAUUUCUCGACGUGUACAGCUAAAGGAACGUACUAUUUUCGGUCUUAAGAGCCACGAUCAUCAUAUACUAAUGCAGCAAUUACUUCCUAUAGCAGCACGUAGAGCUUUGCCAAAGCAUGUUGUUGAAGCAUUAAUCGAGUUCACCAAUUUCUUUAGGCAACUUUGCUCAAAAGUGAACUUACCAUCUGAUUUGGAAAAAAUUCAAGAUCGAAUUGUGCAUACACUUUGCCGAAUGGAGAAGAUCUUUCCAAUGUCCUUCUUCGGUGUAAUGGAGCAUUUGCCUGUUCAUCUUGCCGAGGAAGCAUUGAUUGCUGGCGCCGUCCAAUUUCGAUGGAUGUAUCCUAUCGAGAGGUAUCUAUUAACACUUAAACGUUAUGUGCGUAAUCGUGCGCGUCCUGAGGCCUCAAUUGCUAAAGGGUACUUGAUGGAAGAAUGCAUGAAUUUUUGCGCACUGUACUUAAAUGAAGUGGAAACGAAACUUCAUAGACCAGCUCGUAAUGAUGAUGGUGGUAGUGACUUUGGUCGUCCUAUAACUAAAGGAGUUAAAAUACGGCUUGAUGAUAUUACAUGGACACAAGCACAUAGGUAUGUGCUAGUCAACACAGAUGUCGUCACACCAUUUCAGAACCAACACCUUGAAAUACUUGCGCGGGAAAUGCCUCGAAGAGCAAAUCAUUAUAUUAGAAAAGUCCACAAUGAGACCUUUCACAUAUGGUUUAAAACUUAUGUUCAGACACAAAUGCAAACCACCAAUGCUGUAUUCUCUGAAGAAAUUAUCAAUUUGGCUAAUGGUCCAGAUCAAUUUGCACGAAGAUUCAAGGGAUAUGUAAUCAAUGGCUCCAAAUUUCGUACGAAAGAAAGUGAAAAAAAUAGAACCACUCAAAAUUCUGGGGUUGUUUUGAAAGCAGACACUAUGAGUUAUGCAAGUGCUAGGGACAAUAAUCCUCGCUUAGGUGAUGUCAUCUUUUAUGGUGUGUUGACAGAUGUGGUUGAGAUUCGAUAUACCAAUGCCAUGAAAUUUGUUUUGUUCAAGUGUGAUUGGGUUAAUGGUCUUGGUGGAGUGAAAGAAGAUGAGUUUAAAUUCACGUUAGUGAAUUUUAAUCAUUUGUUAUACAGAGAUAAUGCAAUAGGGGAUGAGCCUUUCAUCUUAGCACAACAGGCAAAGCAAGUUUGUUAUGUACAGGACCCAGUGGAUCCAAAUUGGCAUGUUGUUCUUAAUAUGACUGUUAGAGAUCUAUUUGAUAUGUAUUCAAAAGAUUCUUAUCACAGUCCGGCGAUGGUGCCUCAAGUUGAGUUAUAUGCACCCCAGCAAUUGGACGAAACUAUUUAUUUGAAUGAUGAAGAUGUUGGUUGGGUGAGGGAAGGAGUAGAUGGAACGACAGUAGACACGAAUGUUCAGAUAGAAGAAGCUGAGAUGGAAGAAUGUGACUGAAAAUGCUUAUCAAUGCCUUUCUUCAAAUAGUUUAUUGACAUUGUUUAUUGCUAAAUUUUUCUAAUUAUUAUAAUACAUUAUUCAUCAAUAAUUCUAGUAGUUACUCUUCUAUAUAAUGCUAGCUCAUCUAUAUGUAUAAAUAUAUAUAUUUAAAAUGUAAGAACAGCAAACUACAUAUGAAGUGUGCUAGCUUUUACAGGUAAUUGGUUUUUUUUUUUUUUUUUUCUAAACAGGUAAUUGGUUAUACAUGUCAAUUCUUUUAAGAGGAAUCAUUAUGUAUAUUAAUUUUUUUUUUUCUCUUAUUGCAACAGAUUAUGGCCCCCAAGAGACUAAGAGAACAAUCAAUGGAGGAAUUGAUUCCCGCAUCUCCUGUGAGAGCUAAAAAGAGUAGGUCACAAGCACGAUCAUCUCAACUACAUGGAUCAAUUUCGAGUCAGCCUCAACUUGUUGCAUCUAGGCGGCCUCAACCUACCACAUCGAAUCAAUCUCAACGACAAGCACCAUCUAUGUCUGUUCAAUC